UCUACAGGUUGGGUUGGGUUGGAGGGAAGGAGGGGGUAAAAAUACAUGUGUGGCGGUUGUUUGACGGCGACACUCCCCCUGGUCGACAGGAGACAGACGUCACGCUGCCAGCGGAGGAGUGUAAAAAAAUAAAAUAAAAUACACGAAUAGAAUUGAGGAAAAGAAGAAUAUUGGCCGGGGGCAAAGCCAGCAACACGGCGUCUUGUUCCUCUCUGCUCUUCCCCCGGUGCGGAGCCACACACCGGAGCGCCUUUUUUUGUUGUUUUUUUUGGGGAGUGGGAGGUUCCACUCGGACAUAAUUUCGCUGGGAUUGGCGAGACUGUGUUUGUGGGUUCCUUGGUUUUCCGAGCAGACAUGGAGAGAUAACUGUACUGUAUCCAAGUCUAGCGGAUCGCAGUGAAAGUCCGCCAUAUUCUGCUUUACCACGCCCGGGAGUGGAGCCAUUGGAAAAUAAACGGACAGCCUCGCUCAUGUGUCUUUCUCGCCAACGCAGCCUGUUACUUGGAGGCGGGGGGGACCGAGGUAUUUCACUGAUUUAAAACAAUAUUAGCUUUGAGGACUUUUGCCCGGGGCAUGGAUGACAAUGUCUAACCAGAUCAGGGCACAGUACAGUACGGAGGAUGUGUUUUAAAAGGAUCUGUUGAUCAUACAGAGACGGAAAAGCAGAUUAUACAAAUUACCAGAGCAAAGAUAUUCACCUGAACCCACUUUCUACUCCGUUUGAAGCUUUCAAGAGGCCCAGAAAGCGAACCGAAAUACAGGGAAGAGGGUGUGAGGGGUUGGGGACUCCAAUAAUUCCUCUUAAAUAUCUUAUUUUCCGUCUCAGCCCCAGUCUGAACACCCUGACCCACUACAGCGGCUGCUUAUCACCUAAAGCCGGCCUGUAUGAGGACGUUAUUUGACAUUCUCAGGCCUUUUGUUCUCCCUCCCCGACAAAUGCGAAAUCUGGAUGACUGAAUAAACAGGGGCGAACGAGCGGAGUAUAGUGCGUGUUUGAAAAAGGGAAAAGGACCGAGAAUGACCCUGGAAUCCAUAAUGGCGUGUUGCCUCAGCGAGGAAGCGAAAGAAGCCAGGCGGAUCAACGACGAGAUCGAAAGGCAGCUGCGCCGGGAUAAGAGGGACGCCCGCCGGGAGCUGAAACUGUUGCUUCUCGGAACUGGUGAGAGUGGGAAGAGCACAUUCAUCAAACAGAUGAGGAUUAUCCACGGUGCCGGUUACUCCGAUGAGGACAAACGGGGUUUCACUAAACUCGUCUAUCAGAACAUCUUCACUUCCAUGCAAGCCAUGAUCCGAGCCGCAGAGACGCUGAACAUCCCCUACAAAUACGAGCACAACAAGGCUAAUACCUACAUUGUUAAGGAAGUGGACGUAGAGAAGGUCACCGUGUUUCAGAACCCUUACGUAGAUGCCAUCAAGAGCUUGUGGAAUGACCCUGGCAUCCAAGAGUGUUAUGAUCGAAGGAGGGAGUACCAGCUCUCAGACUCUACUAAAUAUUACCUGAACGCACUGGACCGGAUCGCCAAGCCGUCCUUUCUUCCCACCCAGCAGGAUGUGUUGAGGGUUCGAGUCCCGACCACAGGCAUUAUUGAAUAUCCAUUCGAUCUCCAGAGCGUCAUAUUCAGGAUGGUGGAUGUUGGGGGUCAGAGGUCGGAGAGGAGGAAGUGGAUUCACUGCUUUGAGAACGUCACAUCAAUCAUGUUCCUGGUUGCCCUCAGCGAGUACGACCAAGUUCUGGUGGAGUCGGAAAAUGAGAACCGGAUGGAGGAGAGUAAAGCUUUGUUUAGAACAAUAACCACAUACCCCUGGUUCCAAAACUCCUCUGUCAUCCUAUUCCUGAACAAGAAAGACCUACUUGAGGAGAAGAUCAUGUACUCCCAUCUGGUUGACUACUUCCCAGAGUACGAUGGUCCUCAGAGGGACGCCCAAGCAGCUCGAGAGUUCAUCCUCAAGAUGUUUGUGGACCUGAAUCCAGACAGCGAUAAGAUCAUCUACUCUCACUUCACCUGCGCCACCGACACGGAGAACAUCCGCUUCGUCUUUGCAGCCGUCAAAGACACAAUCCUACAGCUCAACCUGAAGGAGUACAACCUGGUGUAGAGUGCUGCCCCUCCCGACACACUGACUGACUCGAUCUGUGAAAAGAUAGCUUUCACACACUCAAAUACAAAAUGAUCUAAAGAAAAUAAAAUCUAAUGGUUGCUUAAUACUAAUUUAUUUGCCCUUUGUUGGCUUUUUGGCACAAGAGGAGCGAGGCCCUUAGAUGUUAUCUUACUAUUUAAAGAGUUGAUGGGGAGCUGGGAAGAGGCUCCCGUCACACCUGCCUUUUUAGAAAGCAGAAGAAAAAAGUGUUUUUUUGUGACCCUUCUCAUGUACUUAUCACUCUUUCUGACUGUUCAUCAUGAACGUCAGCUUAACAGGAAGUGAUGUAACAGCUCUCUAAUUGACACCCUCUUUUUUUUUUUUUUCUUUAAUGCACCUGUUGGCACGUCUCUUAUAAUGUAGGCAAAAACUGUGAUUUUUAAAUUAUUUCAGAUUAAUUUGAUACCGAUUGACUUUAAUCAUUAUUGUUGUAAUAUUACAUUGCUUUGGUACCAUUUACUGAGUGGAGCAUUUAUGAAUGUGGAGGCACAUCUACAGCAUGUUCUGACACAAACAUGAAGGUCAGGACGAAAGGAAGAAAUUGUCUGAAUGAUGCUGAGCGCCGAGGCGUGGAGAUUCCUUCCACGGGCGGCUGGGAGGGCAGGAGCUCAUGAUUUCAGAAACAUUUAGAAGCGUUUGUUAAACCGUGCCACAUCAAAGCCUUUUUUUUAAUCUGUUGAUAUUAAACUUCUUAUCAAUGCCAAAACAACUCAAGCACAUAAAAUGUGUUAUGGAAAGAGAAAAGCAGGGCUGUUGGUGCAGAAGGACUGACAUGUUUGAUCAACCAUCUGAAUCCAUCCCCCCCAAACACACACACACACACACACACACCAUUCACCCUGUGAACAAUCCAGUCCAAUCACAGUUUAGCUGUAUCCUUGUGUCCAAUCACAGCCCGGCUGUCCUGACUGUUGUAGCUGAAGUAGAAGUGGAGAAUACAUUUUGUUAGUUGCAACAUCAAGAGGUAAACAAAAGGGCAGAGUGUUGAUGUGCAGUUUGUACCAAAGUAAAGCCCUUAUUGUUUAUAAUUGACACCUCUUUACAUGCAAUUCCCAAUUUACUUUGGAGUAUUUUUUUAUUAUUUCCCCACCACAGAGGUCUGUCAUUUACAUUUCUUGAGGCAUAGUGCAAUUAUGAAUGCUAUAAUUGUUGUACAUACAUCUCUCUUGGCUUUGUAAUCAUGACUUUUUUGGGCAGAUUGAAUGUGUGGUAUUGAAAAUAUGUAUUUGUGUAAUUGUGUUGUAUGUCUAAUGGCUAUUUCAUUUUUGUAAGAGGAAAACGUUAUUUACAUGUUCUAUUUUUGUUUCCUUUCAUUUGUCAGGAUGAGAAUGUACAUUUUUGUAAUGUCAUGUUUAUUUUUCAUUAAGAUAGCAUUGCUUAGCUUCAGAAUGAGGAACAUUAGUAUCGGAUCAGUGCUAAUCGAAGCCGUUUCCUUAAAUCUACCAUUCUAUCUUCCUCUUUUUUUGAGAAACGGCUACUUGAAUCAAAUCUUCACGGCUAGUUCUAACAUUCGAGCUCUUUGCAGGCUUCAGAGCAGAGUGCUUUUAUCUCCGUGCAUAGCUCUCUGAUUCUUACUCAUAAUAUUACAGUCUUUUAAUUAGGUAUUAAUAAGCUUUGGAGCCUACCCUGCACAUGUGGUCCUGAAAACACUCCUUGCCCCUUCAUGUUUAUAGGCAACAUGUUUUGUAGCAUCAGUACAGUGGAACCAAGCUGAGAACGCAGGUGGAAGAGCUGUUGAGUUUAAGCAUUUUUGAAGAUGAUUAAAAAAAUGUUCGGGAACCUUGCUACAUACUGACACAAAGUUCGUGUUGAAAUCAAUUAACUGAUGUACAGAAACCAAACCUUACGUAGAAUGAAGCAUUUAUUGGUGCUUUUUCAACUUUUUUUUUUACUUUUUCCAUCUCGAUUGCCAAAGUUUCAUUAGAAUGUACAGUAUUAUUUCUGAUUUACUUUUUAUUUAUACAAUGACACAAAAGAAAACACAGUUCACGUGUACAUAUUGCCUUAUAUUAAGCUGUGCCUCAGAGGUCCCUAAAGAAGGCACAUGUUUUGUUUUUUCAACUGAGAAGUGAAGCUAAUGGAGCCAAUAAUGUCCCGUUGUAACUUUCGUUUUGGCUUGGUGGGUUUUCUGUUUCUUUUUGUUGUUCCAUGCUGUGAGAAGCCCUGGGAACAGCACUGAUGUGUAGCUCAUGUGACCCAACAGCAGGACAUUAUAAACACAUCAUGAACAAACUGAAAUCACACUCACUGUUCAUUUCUGUUGUCGCAUCCAAUUCAUGUCUUAAAUGUUUCCACCGCAGUGCAUUAUGACGCAUUGAACUGCCUGGCACUGUUGAAAACUGCAUGGAGGCUGUCAGGAUGAGAUACGUUGUUUUAUGGCCAUAUUUGGCUUUAUUUUGACAUUUAGUUGCCACUUCAGCAGGUAAAAAGCAUCUUUCUUUUGCAAAGUUUUGGUUGUUUCACAUGUGGUGGAAAAACAACACUUAAAAGUUAAUUUCCAGCCCCCAUAUAGUGUCCAGCACCCAUCUAUUGGUAUUCCUGGCACAGAUUGAUAGAAAGCUUUAAAAUAAAUAGAUGUUUUGUUGCAGAAGCUUAACCUCACACUGAAAACGUUGCUGCAGUUUUGUUUUUUUCCAAUUCCUUUACCAUCUUUCUCACUGUGCAUAGUGAGAGAGGUAAAGUAGUCCCACCUUGGUUGUCACAGUUCUGUUAAAUGUUUUAUAUUGCUCUCACCACAGAUAUGAACAGGUUUAGGCCAAUAUUCCCUUAUGCUGUUUUAUUAAAAUUAACACAUAUCUGCCACACUUGAAUGUAGGGGUGCACCAAUUGCAGUUUUUUGGCUGAUCACUGAUAUUCAAAAAGCCAACAAUUAUUUUUAUAACUGACACUGUCAGGUGUUAUAAGGUCACAAUACAGCUUUAAUGUUCCAAUCUUAUUUUAUUGAAAAACCUUAAACAAUACCUGUGAAACAAUAAUGUUUUAACUUCACAUGGGGGUAGAGAUCUCAAAUAUAAGUGAAAAGUUUAGAGCAUUGCUGUCCAAAUUACUAAAUUAACUAAACUGACAAAUCAGUUCCUUUAAUCUUUAAUUUUUUACAUUUUCAGACCUGUUUUAGAUAAGAUCAGUUUCACAUGCGAGUAUCGGCCGAUUGCUGACCACCCAUAAUUUAAGAAAUCAGGGCCACCCAUCGAUCAGUGCAGCUCUAUUUGAUGGGUCAGUUUGCUUGUCUUUCCCAUUUUGAAGAGGGGCUACGAGAAUUGACCUCUGAGUCAUGUCAUAUUUAUACCCCAGAUCAAUGAAUAAUUCAACGUUCCUGGAGGGUCUCGAGAAUUAAAAAAAAUACAGUAUUUUGACAAUUUAUCUUUGUUGAUGACAUCCAAGUAUUUAAGGUGGAAGUCCUCCCUACCAUCACCCUCAUCUUUAGCUCACUCCACAGAUUCUCAGAUCAGACUCAAGACUAAUCUGAGGAAGAUUCUGGCUGCGCCAUUUCAAAUCUUAAAUAUUACUUCCAGCCAGAAAAAACAAGUUGGUCAAAUUAAAAGAACACUUUAAAGCUAAAUAUGGCAGGGGUAUGAAUCCUUUCAGGCUUAAUUUUAUGUAUGCAUUUCUUUCCUUUUCUGCAUAAAUGUACACAAAUUAAAGGUUGUAUUUUUUAAAGGUUUUCAGUGUGAGGUCAUGCUAGUGCAAAGAAAGGCUUUUUACUCAUCUUCACCUGGGGUCCCAGUAAAUGUCAGGUGUUGCAGGUGGAGUAUCUGCAGUGACUGGUGAUCAACAGCAGGGCCUAGAGCUACAGACUGUACACACAUGUAAAUGUGAGGCGGGGUGCUUUGAAGCUGGCCUCUAGUUUCAACUUGUCAGUGCUGCUGAUCCCUUGUAAAAAAAAAAAAAACAGGAACUUGUGUCGCUGCUCUUAUAAACUGAGUCUCUUACUUAAAGGGAAAAUUUGUCCGAAUGCUGGAUCCGAGCAGAGACGGCACUGCAAUCUUACCUGUGCCCCAACGGAUCACAAAGAUGACCUGGUGUGUCAGUACAUCUCUACUGUCUUAGUUCUGUUCAUGUAUCACAUUAUUAUAAAGUAUAUUGCAACAAAACUGAAUUGUUCUUGUAAAAAAGGUGAAGUGUGAUUGAAGUAUCUCAUUAAUAUGAGCGCUCUCUUCAUGUUCAUGUCAUUCUGAGCAAGUUUUCUAUUUGUAUUGAUUUGUUUUCCCCUUUGAGCAAGCAGCUGAUGCAGACUUAACAUCUUUGGCAACCUCUGCUGCUCAGAUUUCCUGCAGUAUGUUUCAGAGCAGGUCUAUGUGUUGAAAACUGUUGUUUGACUCAACAGAUGUUCCCAUAAACUGCUUUUAAACUCCA